AUGGUGCUCAACUAUAUCCGGCGCACCCUGCACGGGUCGAACCUCGAGAUCUUCAAAUUCGGGCUCUACCUCUCCUUCCCAAUCGGCUACAUGUAUUACUUUGGCACGAACCUAGAGAACCGCUUCUCCGUCCCCGGGUUCUGGCCAACCCAGGAACAGGGCCACAAGAUCCCCUACGAGCGGGACGAGAUCAAGGCCGAGGUGGAGCGGAUCCAACGGACUAUACAGAACAGAGAGAUCGCUAGGCGGCGGCAGGCGGAGAACGCGUUCGACGAAGUGAGGUCGAAGCUGCGCGAGGAGAAAGGCGAGUGA